AUGUCAUAUCCUCAGUUUGGCUACCCUUACUCCUCUGCACCCCAGUUCCUGAUGAGCACCAACUCCCUGACGACCUGCUGCGAGUCCGGCGGCCGGACGCUGGCCGAGACGGGGGCGGCCGCCUCCGCGCAGACCCCGGUCUAUUGUCCUGUGUACGAGAGCCGCCUGCUCGCCACCGCCCGCCACGAGCUCAACUCCGCCGCCGCCCUGGGGGUCUAUGGCGGCCCCUACGCCGGCCCCCAGGGCUAUGGAAACUACGUGACCUACGGCACCGAGGCUCCCGCUUUCUACUCCCUGAACAGUUUGGAGGCGAAGGACGGCGGCGGCUCUGCGCAUGCGGGCAUCGCCCCGGCGACUGCCUACUACCCCUACGAUCACACCCUCAGCCAGUACCAGUACGACAGGUACGGCGGGAUGGACGGCGGGACGCGGCGGAAAAACGCCACCCGGGAGACCACCAGCACGCUGAAGGCCUGGCUGCAGGAGCACCGCAAGAACCCCUACCCCACCAAGGGCGAGAAGAUCAUGCUGGCCAUCAUCACCAAGAUGACCCUCACCCAGGUCUCUACCUGGUUCGCCAACGCCCGCCGGCGGCUCAAGAAAGAGAACAAGAUGACCUGGCCUCCGCGGAACAAGUGCUCGGACGAGAAGCGGCCCUACGAGGAAGAGGAGGAGGAGGAGGAGGGCUCGCAGGAAGACACGAUGAUGAAGAACGAGAAAGCCGAGGAGCCCACGGGCAAGGAGGAGAAGGAGCUGGAGCUCAGCGACCUGGAGGACUUGGACGCCGCCGAGUCGGAGAGCUCCGAGUGCGAGAUGAGGCGGCCCUUCCCGCACCCGCUGCCGCAUCCGCACCCGCUGCCGGGCGGCGGCCCCCCGCCCCGCGCCGCCGAGCCCCCCGCCAAGCUGCCGCUGCCGACCGCCGUCGACGAAGAGGAAGAGGAGGAGGCGGAGAGGGCCCGCAGCUGCCUGAAGCCGGCGGCCGAGGAGUGCGAGGCGGCCCUGCUCGGCGCCCGGCCCCGCGGCUGCGAGCCCAAAAUGUGCUUCCCGCAGGGACAGCAGCUGCUGGAGGCGAAGCCCAGGAUUUGGUCCCUGGCGCAGACCGCCACCUCCCUCAACCAGGCCGAGUACCCCUCAUGCAUGCUGAAGCGGCAGGGGGGCUCGGCUGCCACUGCUGUCUCCACCCCGGUCAAUGUCAUCGACAGGCACCAGGAUUCACCGGUCACCAACCUCAGGAACUGGGUGGACGGGGUGUUUCACGACCCCCUGUUCAGGCACAGUACUUUGAACCAAGCCUUGAGCAACACCACAGUGUCCUGGGCUACCACCAAAGGAGCCAUUCUGGAAACGGGCGCCUUGGGACGCUCGGUAGGCAACGGCGCCAACGUGCUCAAGGGGCAGCUGUCAAACCUGGCCCACCACGACUCGAGCAAGGAGUUUAUUGCGUUUCCCAAAGCAGGAAGCAAAAUGUUUUGCUCUUAA